AUGCUAGUAGGAAAUGCGGCACAGAUGAACUAUACGGUGACUGAGCAAGAGUUUCUUGCUAUAGUGUAUACCUUUGAGAAGUUUAGGUCCUAUUUGUUAGGGUCCAAGGUUAUAGUCCACACUGAUCAUGCUGUGUUGAGGUAUCUUAUGGCAAAGAAAGAAGCUAAGCCGCGACUGAUUUGUUGGGUCCUUUUGUUGCAAGAGUUUGAUUUUGAGGUGAAAGAUCGAAAGGGGUCCGAAAAUUGGGUUGCUGACCAUCUCUUUAGGCUUAAGGAAACUGGGGUGCUAGCAGAGGAACUUGAUGUUGAUGAUGAUUUUCUAGAUAAGCAUGUUUUAGCAAUGUCUAUGCAAGUGGCACCUUGGUAUGUGGAUUUGGCUAAUUACUUGGUGACUGGUAUAAUUCCAGACGAGAUCAAAUCUUACCAAAAAAAGAAGUUUUUGCGCGAUUCUCAUCAGUACUAUUGGGAUGAGCCAUACUUAUUCAGAACAUGCACUUAUAACAUUAUUCGACAUUGUGUUCUCGAGAGUGAGGUGUUGGAGAUCCUGAAGGCUUGCCACAACUCUAUAGUUGGGGGCCAUUAUAGUGGUACGAGUGUUGCUGCAAAGUUUUCUGGUCCAUUUGAAGUGGUGAGUGCUUCACCCCAUGGUGCGAUUGAGUUGAAGUCCGAAGAUGGAACUCAGACAUUUAAAGUUAAUGGGCAUAGGGUGAAGUAUUACCAUGCUUGCAUUGAUGGUGAUAGAAUUGUCAACCGACACAGGCUGAAGCAUGGCUAUACCCCUGACCCAGAGUUAAAAUGGGUAUCACCGUCGUGCAGCGACAUUAAAUGA